UCGGCUAUUUGCGUUGAAAUAUUUCUCUCCUGCUCUCAUUUUGCACCAAAAAAUCAUAUGAUAUUUGUUGAUGGGGUCCCGAUUUCUACUGACCCAUAUUCUCAGGGAAGUAAUGCCCUGGUUGCUUUGAUGGAACACUCCACUCUGGUAUCUGUCUCAAAUUCUCUCAAGGCCAUCCCUGAGAGGAAAUUCUCAGUCAAUGAAGAGUCUAGCCAGGAGAGAUCAAAAAAGAGUAAAUGGGUUUAUGUGUUCCAAAGAGAAUAUGCAACUGUAGAUCCUGCACUAGUCGAUUUUGUUGGCACUGAUGAAGCAACAACCUGUGUGGGCCUUGUUAUACGCAACAAGCAAAAUGGAAUGACCUCGGUUGCUCAUAUGGAUUCUCCAAAUAUUGUAGAUAUGGGCCUCUCUCAGAUGUUAUCGCUUGUUGUUGGUCAGAACUUGGAUGCCUACUUGGAGGUGCAUCUCGUCGGUGGUUUUGAAGAUGUUUCUCCUAAUUAUGCUAAUUCUAGGACUAGAUCAAAAAGUGGUGCGAAGUUGGAGGGUUAUUCCUAUCCUUUGUGUGCCAAAAUUGUUGAAAGUAUGUGCAUUAGACAGGAGAAGUUUCACAUCUGGACUUUCUUCGUUCUUGGGCAUAACACCAGAAGGGAUUCUAAAGGGAAUGCAUACCCCAUUUUCAAUGGGUUAGCGGUAGAAACUUCCACCGGAUCAGUUAUCCCUUCCUGUUUUGAUAGAACUUCAAGAUGUCCGGAUGAAAUUGUCAGGAGAAUUCGAGUAACUGCAUCCUAUGAGGACCCCAGCUGGAAUGGCAAGUUACUGGAGACAUAUGAUACUCAAACUGAUCAAUUCAGAAUUGCUCCCUGCCACUGGACCUUUCUCCAAAACCAUAUGGCUUUGUCAAGACAAAAUUUUCGCGAUUCAGAAAUCCUCCUUAGAUGUUCUACUUCACCUUUUGCUGAGGGCCCAGAUUUUGUGAACAAUUUAAGAAGGAAGGAUGAAUUUUUGAUUAAACACCCAGAUUGGAGAGAAACCUUUCCGAUGAAUCAGCCACGAGUCUUUGAGAGGACCGGCGACGGAGGCUGGAAGAAGUGCUGAUUAUAGUUACAAUGUUCUUCCGAAAAUAAUGGUAUUGCCGGAAAUCCGUAAUCUUGUGGUUCAUACACCAUUGGGAAUUGAUUUUUCCUGUCGGGGUUGACAUCAUGGCUAUCUGCACACUUAUUUUCGUCAUUUGUAUGUAAACUGUUCAGUUUUUUUACAGGGUCAUCACAUUUGCAAUUCUUGUGCCAAGUAUAAUAAGCACAAUUGCCUUGCUCUGCAAUUGGUUAUGUAACAAACUGUUGUCCAAACUACAUGGCAUGUAUUAAGGUGUCUUUUAGAUAUUCAGCAUUUGAAUCAGCUUAAUGGUGUCAAGCUGAAUUUGAAUCAGCUUAACUCUAUGUUUUAAAAGAUUAUAUGAUUGGGUGAUUGCAUUAGGUAGCAUCCAAUGCCAGUCAUUUCAGAUUU